CUUCAUUUGAUUGAACUGUCUUUUUUUAGUCUGUUUUUUUUUUCUUUCUUUUCUUUUAAUUUUUGAAAUAUGUUUGGAAGAAAGAAGAGUCAUAACGUUGAUAAAUACAGUAUAGGAGGCAGCAGUGGUAGUGUUCAAAAUGAAGUGAUUGAGGAAAUUGAUAUGAAAGACAUGAAGAUGAUGGAUACUAUAAGAGGGCAAUCAGGAUCUAUAGGGGACGUUAUUGACGAUAAGCCUAAAUUACAGAGAGCAUUGAAGGCUAGACAUUUGACCAUGAUUUCAUUGGGUGGUACAAUUGGUACAGGUUUGUUCUUAGCAUCUGGUGCGUCUGUAGCAUCUGCUGGUCCUGGUGGUGCAUUAAUUGCUUAUGCAUUGAUUGGUAUUAUGGUUUUCUUUACAAUGGAAUGCCUUGGCGAAAUGGCAACUUAUCUUCCAAUUUCUGGCAGUUUUAAUAAUUACGCAGGUAGAUUUGUUGAUCCCGCUUUAGGUUUUGCAUUAGGUUGGAAUUAUUGGUAUAAUUGGGCUGUCACAGUCGCAGUAGAAUUGACUGCAGGUUCUAUGGUUAUGGCUUAUUGGUUACCUCAUGUUCCAAAUUAUGUUUGGUCAAUUAUAUUUUUAGUUAUUAUCUUAUCUUUGAAUUUAUUCUCUGUUAAGGGUUAUGGCGAAGCGGAAUAUUGGUUUGCAUUAAUUAAAGUAUUAACAGUUAUCGUCUUUAUUAUUCUUGGUAUUUUAGUUGAUACAGCUGUUUUGGGUGGUCAUUAUUAUGGUACAUCAGUCUUUAAUUUCGGUGGUAUUCAACGACAAGGCAUUUUGAGUACAUUUUUAACUGCAGGCUUUUCAUUUCAAGGUACAGAGUUAGUAGGUGUAGCAGCAGGUGAAAGUGAAAAUCCUCGUAAGAACGUACCUAGAGCUAUUAAACAAGUCUUUUGGCGUAUUGUCUUGUUUUAUAUUCUCUCUAUUUUCAUCGUUGGUUUAAUUAUUCCUUAUAAUGAUCCUAACCUUUUAAAGGGUAGUGUAAGUGAUGUUGCUAUCUCUCCUUUUACUUUGGUCUUUGUUAAGGCUGGUAUCCCUCCUGCUGCACAUAUUAUGAAUGCUAUUAUCUUAACGACUGUUUUAUCUGCUGGUAAUUCUGGUUUAUAUGCUUCAAGUCGUACUCUUUUAGAUCUUGCAAUGGAAGGAAAGGCUCCCAAGUUUUUUAAAAGAAUUACAAAGAGCGGCAUUCCGAUCUAUUGUUUACUUUUAACAGCUGUUAUUGGUAUGCUUGCUUUCUUAACAUCUUUGUUCGGUAAUGGUGUCGUUUAUGAAUGGCUUAUGAAUAUCUCUGGUGUUGCUGGUUUCAUUGCUUGGUUAGGUAUCGCUGCUUCUCAUUUCCGUUUCCGUCGUGCUUAUGUUUUGCAAGGUUAUGAUGUCAACGAUCUUCCCUUCAAGGCCAGAUUCUUCCCCUUAGGUCCUAUUAUUUCAUUCAGUGUGUGUUCAUUUGUUGUCGUUGGUCAAGGUUAUAGUGCCUGGAAUGCUAGACCUAUUGUUCCAUCAGAUCUUGUCGCUGCUUAUAUUGGUGUACCUAUCUUUUUUGUAUUCUUUUUAGGUUAUAAGAUUGUUAAGAGAUCAAAGUUGAUUCCUUUAAUUGAAGUGGAUUUGAUUUCAGGUCGUGAAGAACUCCAGUAAGUUUUUUUUUCUAUUUCUGAUAUUGAACUAAAUUACUAAUGAUUUAUUAUUGUUUAAAGGGAACAUACAUUAGAAUCUGAUACUGAAAAGAAAAAUGAUCCUCUUGAAGGUGUCAGUAUAUUUAAGCCUUCUACUUGGAAGCGUAUUCCUUCAAACCUAAAGUCAUGGAGAGAUGCUUUCCAUAACUAACUUAUUUAUAUAUGCAUGCAUGUAUGUAUGUAUAUCUAUAUAUUUAUAUAUGUAUAUGCAUAUAUAUAUUUCCUCAUAUAUAUUUGUAAAUAUUAUAUCUUUAAUUCCCUCUCUUUGAC